ACAUGAUCAGUGCUUAUGCCUCACCCCCGAGGGCCCAUUGCCGAAUUGGAUAGUAUUGGAAUGUAAUCAUCUCCCCAUCCCCCACACUCUCAUAACGAUUUUUGGGCUAGAUAUUUAACUGGUACCCUUGGGCACCUCCCUUCGAACCACAAUGCCACACAACUACAUUCCCCCGGCCCGAACCAGAAUGUCGCUCGAGAUCGAAGGCACGGGAAUACAGUUACACAUCAUGUCACUACUACUCUUACCAAAUGAACUUCUGCUCCAGAUUUCGGAUGGGUUGAAAGGGGAUUUGCGGGACUUGAGCGCGCUCGUGCGUGCAAACCGCCGGUUGGCGAGGCUGCUGGCGGGCACUCUGAUAGAUCAUGUGUUUAGUACACGGUCAAAGACGUACGGAGAGCGAGCACUAUACUCCGCUGCGCGACGGGGGGAUGCUAUUACCGUCGGGUCACUUCUAGAUCGCGGCAUACUCGGCUUCAUAUGUGGUCAGCCGGGGAAAGAAGAGUACUUCCUCCACACUGCUGUCCAAACAGAGUCGCUCGAUACCAUCCGCACGCUCCUGGCCUGCGGCCUUCCGCCAUCCGUACGAGCCAAGUAUGGGAAAACCCCCCUCUCCAUAGCCGCCGAAACUGGAAAUCUCGGUGCUGUAGGAGCGCUCCUUGAGAGCGCCCAAGUGGAAGUUAACACAAAGGAUACGUGGGGUAGAACACCACUCUGGCUUGCGGCGUGGAAGGGAUACUCAAGCGUUGUCAGGGCGUUACUCGGCAGACCAGAAGUUGAGGCAAACUCUCAACAGAGAAACACUGACUUCAACCGACAUGAAACACCGCUUGCCAUUGCUUGUCGCUGUGGGCACGUAUCCGUUGUGCGGGAAUUACUAGCAGACAAGAGGGUCAACGUUAAUGCCCGCGAUGGUGCAGGCUUCACACCUAUCCAUCUUUCCGUCACAAACUCCUGCAGCGAUAUCCUACGUCUGCUCCUCGCCCACCCAUCCAUAGAUGCCCUCAUCCCGUGUGCGAGCGGGCGCACCCCCCUACAUACAGCCGCAGAGCUCGGGAAUCUAGAUGCCUUCACCCAAUUCCUCCUCCAUCCGCAAAUUACCGAUUUGAAUAUCCUGGCGGCAGAUUAUUGGGCACCGCUUGGCCUUGCAGCAUGGAAUGGCCGAGAGGGUAUUGUGAGGGCUCUCCUGAAAGACGGAAGAGUGAACGUUAACCUGAUUGUGGGAGCGGGGCAGACGGCUCUUUACCUUGCGGCAAGGAGGAUGUGGUUGCGGGUUGUGGGGGAAUUGCUUGAGGCUGAGGAGGUAGAUGUGUACAAGCGGGGGGCGGAGGGUGGGAUGUCGUUCGCAGAGUUUGUAGAGGGAGGGAAUGACUCGCGGAUGAAGGAGUUGUUGAGGGGGAAGGUGGAAAGUGAGCGGCACUGAAUUUAAGUGUAAGAAAGGUGAUGAAACGCUAGGGAGAGUAGUAUAGCUUUCUAAUAAGUUCAUAAAUUUUAAAAUAUAUUGCCUAGAGUAGUUAUACUAAACCAAAAUCAUCAACCAGG